AUGCCCUUGUCCGGUAAAGAUAUUCUGAAAGGCUUCCAGUUCCGAAAGAAAAAGCCUUGCGAAAAACCAGACGAAAUGCGAACAGCUACCACCAACGAGGUCGCCAAUGCCGUUGAUGACUUUAGACCGGCACUCGAGAAGAUGGUCAGAACCUGCAACAACAACUCCGUUGUCCCGCCUUUGGCGAUUGAUACAUGCAACCUGCUCCUACAGCCUGUCAGGGACUUGCCAGGCAAGCUCGCCAAGGAAACAUCAUUUGGAAAAUCCAUGAUCAACAGCGUGGACUGUGGAGCAAUAGUCACCGGAUUACAAGUGUGCAAAGAGAAGACCGAAGUCUUUACUAGGGGGAUUGAGAUGAAGGAUGAGACCGUUAUGCUUGUUAGCCUUAACGAGAUGGUAAAGUGUGUUCGUCUCUUCGUCAAACAUACAAGCCUCGGAUACGACAAGGACUUGAUCAACCGCCUGGAUACAAAGGCACAAGCUCUUCAGCAGGCAAUCGAAAAAUGCGCCGAAAAGAGUAACGCCACGUUCCACAAUCACUCAACUGGUCCGCUGAAUGCGUGCACGGGUGUCGGUGACCAAAUGCUCAACUUCGGCGCAGGAAACUUCUUCAAAGGGGAUUUUACACCACAGGGACCUGUGAGCUUUGGAGGAGCCGCUACACAAACGCCAGUCACCGCUGAACAACCGGCUCCAAGAGUCUAA